UGAAUUACUUAUAUUACUAACUACCGAUAAGUAAGAGUCAAUUUUUUACGUCAGAAUUUCAAAAACAUGGCCGCUUUGAGACACAUUUCUCAAAGUUUACUAAGGAAUUUUCUGAAAACCGAAAUUAGACCGAACCCGGAAACAUGCUCAGUUUGCAUCCGUCUUUUAAACUACUCUUCAAUCGAUUACGACGAUAAACAUGAUCCUUCUCCGAAAUUUUUCAAUAAAGAAGUCCAGUCGCUGCUCAAAGACCUCACCAGGAUCGAUUUGGGCAAGGUUAACAAAAGGAAACGGUUGGGAUCUGAUAAAUUGGAAGAGCCGGUGUAUCAAUUCAUGACUGAUGAAGAAUUGCAAAAGGCCACUGAAGCAGCGAUAAAGAAGUCAGAAGAGCUGUUGCAAAUACCGCCGGUAGUGUCUGUACGGAAGCCUAUAAACCGAGUGCUAUCAGAAGAUCCCGCCCUGCAAGGCUUAGAACAAUCAACGAUGGUCUUUACCGAUAUUACUUUCGGAAUUAGAGAUUCCGAUAGAUUGAUUGUGGUAAGAGAACCUAGUGGAAUUUUAAAAGAAGCCGAAUGGGAUGUUAAAAAUAGAAUGAACCAAUUGUACUUUCCUAAAGAAGGAAGAUUGCUAAAACCGCCUAAAAUGUUUUUCGGUGAAUAUUUCGAGAGUCUACUGGAACGAAAAGAAUACGAAUUUAUACUAGAUAGGGCGUGUUUGCAAUUCGAGCCGAACGAUCCGGAUUAUCAACGAGUAACCUCGAUAACUUAUCAGCAUGUAAAUGAUAAAGGUGGAUUCGAAAUGCUGAGGUCAACGAGGCAUUUCGGUGCUCUGGUAUUUUUCCUGGCGUGGCACAAAAAUAUAGACAAUUUAUUGUUAGAUUUGAUCGAAACUUCUUACAUCGAAGAAGGCAGUAAAUUAUUAGACUUGUAUUCGAAAUUGCACGAUGUCAAUUUUAAAUCUUCAAAUGAUUUAGAAAAGAUCGAAGAAUACAUCAAGAAUUUUGCCAAAAAGAAAGCCGGACUAGAAUUGGGAGUGCAAGCUUACAAAGACGUUUUGAAGCAGAGGCAGGAGUUAGAAGAAGGGAUAAAAGUAGCUCAUGGAUUACGAUAAAUAUGUAUUAUAGGUUUUGUUAAUAUAGAUAUAGA